GGAAAACUGUUACUGUGUGUGCGUGAAUUUUACACGCACUGAAGGUGUCCCGAUCUAAGCGUUUUGUAGCUAAUCUCUGUUUGCAAAUUGCAGUAAAUGGAGGGAAAGUUCAAGAGCUCUGAAGAUUCAGAAUGAAGAAGAACCAUGAGCGAGUUACUAAUUUGACCCUGGCAGUGGCUAGUCCUAAAAUCAUCACGGCCAUUUUGUAAUGUAUUCCUUCGUCUUGAUUUCGGCAACAACUUGGUCUCUUCUUUUGGCACAUUCUUACCCCCUUGCCCCACUUGUGGUGAAGAGACUCUCUGUCUAGGUGGGAUGUUAUAGCUCUGUCAAGCCUACUCCACCAACAGUAAGUUGGAUUCUAUUACACUUCCAGAGUAAGUUGGAAUCUAUUACACUUCCAGAGUAAGUUGGAUUCUAUUUCCAGCUGAUAAAACCUGUGCCUUGAGGAAUUUGUUACCAACUUUCCUUGGUUAUGCAAUUAAAUAUUUCAGGAAACGAUUUCCAGAGAACAUGCCAUGGCCCAUGUGGUUUCCAUUGGUUGGGAGUGCAAUGUUGCUGUCACUGUUUUACUUUUAAAAAGACUUGGUUAAUGCUGUUGUGACGUGCUAUUUUUUUGUACUUGUGAUUGCUGCACUAGUGGCAACAAUGCUACCUGAAAUUAAAGGAUUCCUGCCCGAACCAUGGAAUAUAAUGUUAUUACAUUGCGUUUGCCAUAUUUUCGGUCUUUGGAGGUUGAGUUUAUGUAAUCACAGGUCACUGCAGCAAUUUCUUGAACCUUCUUUUGAGCGUGGUAUGCUAAACAUAAGCAUUGGCUGGCUAACAAUAUCUUGGGCUUGCCUUCUCCAUUCAGGGAAUUGGAAUGCUUUCACUUGGCUCAUUCAAUACUGGUGCCACUCUAUUGCUUUAGUUCCCUACAUCAGAUUCUGCUCGUCCGUAUUCAAUUUGUUGGCAUUCGAUGAAUCAAAUUCAAAGUCUGAAGAGACCGAUGAAAACUCUAACAAGAAAGCGAACUGAGACUCGGUUGGUAGACCGUAGACGACGUGCAAACUUACAGAAAACGUCGAAGACAUGUAUGAAGCCUUUUUGUAGUCGAAUAACUUGAAAACCGAUAUUAGAUUUUCAGUCUGAGAAACAGAUUCUGAUGAAUCCUUUUAGAAAUGAUCUAUAUUUGGUUUGGGAACACAAGAAGUUGGGCACCAAAAAAACGAGAGGUUUGAUUUACUUUCUGUCAAUUUAUUGAAAGAUGGUAGAUUUGGUUGUUGCAUAUGGGAAGGGGAAAAUGUUGAUUUAAGUAUCACAGACCUCUUGGACAAUAUCUAUCUGUAUAAGUUGGGACAACAAGUGCCAAUUUCAUUAUAAAAUAAUUCUAUCUAUAUGUAAAAUGAA